AUGGCUGCUUCUUCAUCACAUAUUGCUGAUUCUUCAUCUCCUCAUCAACAACAUCAACAAGAAGAAGAACAACUAUUUUUUCCAUCGGUCACGUGUUCGAUUCCUCGAGAAGAUUUAGAAGUUAUUUUCUAUCCUAACCUGGUAAAAGAUUUAUGGGCUUAUGCUUCCGUCAUUCCUAAAGCAGUUGUAUCUUUUGUUCAUGGAAGAUUCUUUGCUAUCAUUGAAGAUACUCUGAGAAUAUUGUUUGAUUUGAAAGAGCCUGCUGGCGCUUUUGAACUUUCUCGUAGAGCAAACUGGGCAGAUGUUCUUGCUGAACUAUACCCAGAUGUGACGAAAACCAAGAAUGUCAAGGAUUUGAAGGACAUUUACAAAAUGGUUGAAAAACUGGAAUCUGAUGGUGUCAUCAAGGAUCUUGUCACUGUCACUGGAAGCAUCUUGAAUGCUAACACCUUGAGAAAGACGAAUCUUAUUCAAGCUGUUGAACAUGCUCCUCAACCUAUUCCUGGAAUCAGAAUCAGAAGAGGUCCUGUUCUAGCUGAGUUUGAGAUGUUUUUCAGUAAAGAACUAUCAGAAGUUGAGGUUAAGUAUCGUAAGACUCUCAAGAAGGGUAGUGCUAAUGAUGCUCCUGCUAGAGUAAGUCGUCAGAAGCCUUCUUCUUCCAAAGCUGAAGUAUCAGAAGAUGUUCCAGAAGUUGUCCCAGAAGUUGCUCAUCAUAAGGAAAGAAGAACAAAGCGCAAGCAUGAUCUUCCUUCUGUCAAUGAGGAAAAAGAUAAUCAAGAAGAUGCUGCAGCAGAAGUUGAUGAAAACGUUGUUGAGAAUGAAGUAGAGAAGAAGAAGAAGAAAGAUAAGAAGAAGAAAAAUAAAUCUGUUGAAAAGAGGUCAGAAGAAGAAAUGAUUCAAGAAGAAGUGAAUAGGGAAGAAGAAGAGAAGGAAGCUGCCAGAAAGAGAGAACUUGCUCUAGAAAAGAUAAAGGCUGUUUCUGAGAAGAAGAAGCGAUAG